UAAACCCUCAUGCGGAUGUUGUGCGUCGGUGAUUUUCUUCCCCUAGAAAACGCAUGCAUGAUUAGGUCAAGGAAAGGGAGAGAAUUCGGAUUAUUUUCGCUUUAAAUGAUAUAAAACUAGAUUUUUAAACUGUUUGUAAUUUUAUAUCAGUGUAACAGCUGAUAUUUUUCAACAAGAGAAAAGAGUAGCUGCUAUAAUAGUCUAGUCAGUACUUGCUUUGGUAUAAAGGCAUGGCAUGUUGAUGAAUAAAAGUCAUAACUAGGAUAUAAAAGGGCGAUAAUCGCUUUCGUGCCAUGCCAUGGACAGGGAAACGUUAGGGGCAUGCAGCAGCCUGGUAAAGUCGGACCGUCAGCCAUGUGCUCAACUGCAGCCGCCUCACUUCCUGCCCUACAUCCAGACAGAAAUCCCUUACAGUCAGUUCUUCACCAAACACCUUCUCUCCAACCGGCCAUGCAUGUUCUCCUCCAGUUUCACCCAGAACUGGAGCUGCAGGAGACGCUGGGUCGGCCACGAUGGCAAGCCCGACUUCCAUGCACUCCUGCAGGAGUUUGACGAGACGCAGGUACCAGUGGCAGACUGCAACACCAAAGAGUACAACUCCAACCCCAAACACACCAUGAGCUUCAGAGAGUUCCUCUCCUACUGGAGGGACUACAUCCAGAAUGGGCAUUCUUCACCGAAAGGCUGCCUUUACCUGAAGGACUGGCACAUGCACAGGAUGUUUCCAGAGCACCACGCCUACACCACGCCCAUCUACUUCUCUUCCGAUUGGCUGAAUGAGUACUGGGACACGCUGGAGGUGGACGAUUAUCGCUUCGUCUACAUGGGCCCUAAAGGAUCCUGGACGCCGUUCCAUGCCGAUGUGUUCCGCUCCUACAGCUGGUCGGCGAACAUCUGCGGCCGUAAGAAAUGGCUGCUGUACCCCCCGGGACAGGAAGAGUUCCUGCGAGACUACCGUGGAAACCUGGCAUAUGAUGUCACAUCCCCUGCCCUGCAGGAUCAGCGUCAUUUCCCACGAUUCAGUGAAGCGUGUCGUCCUCUGGAGGUCAUCCAGGAGGCUGGAGAGAUCCUGUUCGUCCCCAGCGGCUGGCAUCAUCAAGUCUACAACCUGGAGGACACGAUCUCCAUUAACCAUAACUGGCUGAAUGGUUGUAAUGUGGAUGUGGCGUGGGAGUUCCUGCAGGGGGAGUUGUCAUCUGUACAGAAGGAGAUAGAUGAGUGGAGGGACACCAUGGACUCAUGGGACAAUCAUUGUCAGGUAACCGUGAGGGUGAUGAUGAAGUCAUGUACAGGGAUGGACUACGCUGAAUUCGCCUCCUUCCUCAAAACCAUUACUCAUCACCGCAUCGCUUUCCUGUCCUCUCGCCACGAAAACGCCCUCUCUGAGACUCUGAGUGCUCUUGGGCCUCACCAUGUGACCUUUGACCUUCAAAGGGUGGCUCAUAUCUUGGAGAGCAUGCUCAGUAGCGAGGAUUUUACGCGAGUGGAGGCGUCUGUGCUGGGCUUUAACGUGGAGGAGCUGCUGCAGGAGAUCAGAGACACCAUCCGCAAAUACCACACUGCGUACUAAACACCUUUUCACAUCUCAUCGUAACGCUGUAUUACACGAUACAUCAAAUAACUGAUGUAUCAGCUCAGACCUCAUGGAGAAUCAUCCUGAACAUCCAUGUUCCAGUGUUAGUGUUGCUUUCACAGUAAACAAACAUCCUGAAUGACCUCGUUAGUUUCCACCGAGUUCCUUCUCAAAGAACUCGUUAAUAAAGUGUAUUUGUAAACGA